AUGGAGGCGAUGGAGCAGCUGCUGCUGGCCUGUCACUGUCAGAGCAUCAACCUGCUGGUGGAGAGUUUUCUCAGCACGCUGCGUCUGCUGCUGGAGGCCGACAGGCCACACCUCCACAUCCUGGCUACCAACGCUUUUGUGAAGUUUGCGAACAUCGAGGAGGACACGGCGUCGUACCAUCGCAGCUACGACUUCUUCGUGUCUCGCUUCAGUGAGAUGUGUCACUCCGAACACGAAGACGCCGACACACGGAACAAUUUUAACAUUUUUCUUGUUGAGGAUCCGUGUGUCGGGAUCCGGGGUCUGCAGGGCGUCGUCAGGAAGACGGUGGACGACGAGCUGCAGGUGAACAUCUGGGAGCCUCGACACAUGGAGCAGAUGGUCCCCGCUCUGCUG